AUGGAGUAUUGCUCUGCUGUUAAAAACAAUGACAUUGUGAAAUUUUCAGACAAGUAUAAAGACCUAGAAAAGCUCAUCAUGACCUCCCUUUUAAUCUUUGGGCACCUGCCCACCACUGCCCGUGUGAUCACUGAAUUAGUACCACCCGAAGUGGCUGAAGGAGAAAACGUUCUUUUUAUUGUCCACAAUCUGACAGAGAAUGUUAAAUCCUUUGCCUGGUUCAAAGGGCUAAAAAUGGAGAAACAAGGAAUUGCAACGUAUAGACGGCGCAAGAGUUUAGUUACAAAUGGGCCUAUGCACAGUGGCAGAGAGACCAUAUAUCGCAAUGGAUCCCUGCUGCUCCAAAAGGUCUCCCAUAAUGACACAGGAUUCUUUACCCUACAAACCUAUGAUAGGCAUGAAAAAAUCCUAUCAACCACUUCUGUGUAUCUCCAUGUGCAUGAUUUCCUUUGGAAGUGUGGACGCCUUGCUACCUCAUCACAGCCCACUAUUGAAUCAGUGCCACCAAAAGUUGUAGAAUUGGGGGAUGUUCUUCUACUUGUUCACAAUCCCCCAGAGAAUGUUGUAGGCUUUGUCUGGGUCAAAGGAAUGACUGAGUCCAAGAACAUUGUGGCUGCCCGAUAUAUAUCAGACAGGAAAACAACUAUGCUGGGGCCUGCAUACAGUGGCAGAGAAACUUUGUACAGUGAUGGAUCCCUGUUGCUUCGUAGUGUCACUCUGAAUGACUCUGGACUGUACACUCUAGAAAUUCUGAGAACAGAUAUGACAACUGAAGCAGCACAAGUGCAACUCAAGGUCCACACCUUCCUUCCUCUGUGUUGCGACCCUCUCAGUCCUCCACAACUCACGAUCCGACCUGUGCCUCAGUAUGCUGCUGUAGGGGAAGUCUUUCUUCUCCAAGUUCAUAAUCUUCCAGAAGAUUCACGAAGCUUUUCCUGGUAUAAAUCAAGGCGUAGGGCCCCGGUCCUUAAAAUUGUAGACUACAAUAGAGCCAAAAAUUCUGUCUCCUGGGAACCUGAAUACAGACAAAGAGGGAUGGUGUAUUAUAAUGGAUCCCUGAUGCUUCAAGAUGUCACUGAGAAAGAUACAGGAAGGUACACACUAGAAGUUUUUAACAAAGAUUUCAAAUUUAAAAAAGCAUCCGUGGAAUUUUAUGUCAAGAAGUCUGUGACACAGCCCCUCAUUGAAAUGACUGAUGCCACAGUCGCAGGAUGUAGAUUUGUGACCUUCACCUGCAUUUCACCAGACACUGAUGUCUCCAUCCGUUGGAUCUUCAAUAACAACACUCUAUACCUCACAGAGAGGGUGACUCUGUCCCCAACAAAGUGUGGCCUCAGAAUAAAUCCUGUCAAGAGUGAGGAUGCUGGAGAAUAUCAGUGUGAGGUCUCCAACCAAGUCAGUAUGAAGACCAGUCUACCAGUCUCCUGGCCAUGA